GCGGGUCCGGCGGGGGCGGGCCCGGGCCCGGGCUGCGGCUUCGCCUCCAAGACGAAGAAGAAGCAUUUCGUGCAGCAGAAGGUGAAGGUGUUCCGGGCGGCGGACCCGCUGCUCGGCGUCUUCCUCUGGGGCGUGGCCCACUCGAUCAACGAGCUCAGCCAGGUGCCCCCCCCGGUCAUGCUGCUGCCCGACGACUUCAAAGCCAGCUCCAAGGUCAAAGUCAACAACCACCUGUUCCACCGAGAGAACCUGCCCAGCCAGUUCAAGUUCAAGGAGUAUUGCCCCCAGGUGUUCCGCAACCUGCGAGAUCGGUUUGGUGUUGAUGACCAGGACUACCAGGUCUCCCUGACCCGAAGUCCCCCCAGUGAGACGGAGGGCAGCGAUGGCCGCUUUCUGGUCUCCUAUGACAAGACGCUGGUCAUCAAGGAAGUGUCCAGCGAAGACAUUGCCGACAUGCACAGCAACCUCUCUGACUACCACCAGUACGUGGUGAAGUGUCACGGGAGCACUCUGCUGCCGCAGUUCCUGGGCAUGUAUCGGGUCAGUGUGGACAGCGAGCACAGCUACCUGCUCGUCAUGAGGAACAUGUUCAGCCACCGCCUGUCGGUGCACAGGAAGUACGACCUCAAGGGCUCCCUGGUGUCCCGAGAAGCCAGUGACAAGGAGAAGGUGAAGGAUCUGCCCACGCUCAAGGACAUGGACUUUCUGAACAAGAACCAGAAGAUUUACGUAGGGGAGGAAGAGCGGAAAGUCUUCCUGGAGAAGCUCAAGAGAGAUGUGGAGUUCCUGGUGCAGCUGAAGAUCAUGGACUACAGUCUCCUGCUGGGCAUCCAUGACGUUGAGCGCGCCGAGCAGGAGCAAGAGCAGGAGCAGGAGCUGGACGGCGAGGGGGACUCUGGGGCCACUCCUCACCUUCUCCCGCCGGGCUCCUACGGCUCCUCCCCCGAGGGCAUCGGCGGCUCCGUCCACGCCCACCGGCCCCUGGGACCCGGGGAGUUCGAAUCGCUGAUCGACGUGUACGCCGUCCGCAGUGCCCAGGGUGCCCCCCAGCAGGAAGUGUACUUCAUGGGCGUCAUUGACAUCUUGACCCAGUACGAUGCCAGGAAGAAGGCAGCUCACGCGGCCAAGACGGUCAAACACGGGGCCGGCGCAGAGAUCUCCACUGUGCACCCUGAGCAGUAUGCCAAGCGUUUCCUGGACUUCAUCUCGAACAUCUUUGCCUAGGAGAUGGGCAGAGGGUCUCUGCCUCCUCCUGCCUCCUUCCUGCCCCUCACCACUCAAGUGCCUUGUCCUUUCUAUGAUGAUCCAAAAGUAGAGGAAGCUGCAGCUCUGCCAUCCACCGCCUCCCACACACACAUAAAACUCACCCCGGUCCCAGAACUGUGCUGUCGUCUUUAUAGGACUGACCCAAGGUCAUUCCCCUACCCGCCCCCCCCCCCCACUUGCCCUCCCAGUCUGCCCCAGGUGCUGGCCAGCUGAGGCAUCUCACCUGCUGCCCUCCUCCCUGCCAGCAGGCAGCAAGGAGAUAGAGGAUACAGCUGGGCCUCCAGCCCCCCCACCCCCCGGGCCCUGGCCACGGUCACCCUGCCAGGCUUCCAGGGGUCAAUCGUGGACCCCUCCACUCUUCCCCAACCCAUCGUGGGCUGAAGCCGGCUUGGGGGGACUGAGGGGUAACAAGGGUCCGUUGGGCCGCGGAGCCAUCGGCGACUGGAGUAGUGUGCGGUCCCCCUUUUGGCGUUUGAUCAAUCUUGUCUGGUCUCCCCAUCCUCUCCCCCAAAGGUUGGUUUUGGGUAGGGGGGAUGUGAAGGAUGCCUGUUUCGGGGAGGGGGGAGGGGCUUUGUUUUUUUAAGAGAAAAAAUGGGGACUUUGUCAUCGCACCCAGAAUAAAUUAUUGAACUGAGCCUGCC